GACGUCACAUUUGCCUGUCACACGGCGGUAAACAGAAUGACGUCAUAUGUGUGGGACGCUGAGUUGCCGGUGGAUGGAGGAGUGAAGGUGACAGAAUAAUAAUAAAAUUGAAUUUAGUGAUUUAUUCUCCUCCGCUCUGAAACUCGGGAACUCCUCACCUGAGCGCUGACGUCACAGAGGACUUUGUGGGGGGUGGGGGUCACCAUGUGGAGUGUGGGGGGAUCAUUGAGGUCCAGCUUCCUGCAGCUCCGCCUCCCUCAGCUUCCUGUUCGAGGAGUCUGUUCAACUGUGAUCCACAGGAAGUCAACUGCACCUGGUCUCACCUGGUCUGCACCUGCAUCUGUUGGACUCACUUCAGUCUGCUGUCAGAGGUCACUUGUCAGGACUGCCUCAGGUGUCAGUGGUGGGGAUGUUGCAGGUGUUGCAGGUGCUGCAGGUGCAUCCGGCUGGUACAGCAGCCUGGCGGACUCUGCUCUUGUUCACCUGUGUGAACACUUCCUGGUGAGUGUCCAGCAGGUGAGCGGGCUGCCAUGGUGGAUGAGUAUCGCUGUGGCAACGUUGUCGGUCAGGACACUCAUCACUCUGCCGCUUGCCGCCCACCAGCUGGUCAUCGUCUCCAAGGUGGAGGGGCUGCAGAUGGAGAUCUCUGAGCUGGCGAAGAGACUUCGAUACGAAGUUUCAGUCCGAGCAAGAGAGAGAGGCUGGACCGACAAACAGAGCCGGUUCCACUUCCAGAAGAACCUGCGUCGGCUUGUUUCUCAGCUCUACAUCAGAGACAACUGUCACCCCUUCAAAGCCAGUCUGCUGGUCUGGGUUCAGCUACCCCUCUGGAUCAGCCUCUCUCUGGCCCUUCGAAACCUGAGCCUGGAUCAGUCUGCGCUGCAGUGUGAUCUGGCAGCAGGGGGCGCUCUGUGGUUCUCGGACCUCACCUCACCUGACUCCACCUGGAUCUUGCCGGUCUGUCUGGGACUCAUCAACCUGCUCAUUGUGGAGGUGUUUUCUCUUCAGAGAGUCAGUCCGACUCGGUUCCAGAAGCUGGUCCUGAACUUCACCAGAGGAUUCUCAGUCCUGAUGAUCCCCAUCGCUGCUACCGUCCCCUCGUCCAUGGCUCUGUACUGGUUUACCUCCAGUCUGUUGGGAUUCAGUCACAACCUUCUCCUUCGUUCUCCUGCGAUCCACAAAAUCCUCAAACUCCAAACUCCUCGCUCAGACUCUCCAUACAGAGACCUGCUGUCUGCGUUCAUCAGCAAAUACUACAAAUAAAUACACAGACUACUGCAAAUAUAAAGUACUUCAGCUGUAUAUAUGUUUUCUAUCAGUGUGCCUCAGACCUGGUCCAUGUGAUUUAUGGUUUAAACAUUCAAACUCUUGUUAAAUUAUUAUCCAUAAACAUUCAUUCAACACUCUAAUACUCAGUGUUAAAAUUUCAUAAUAUUACAUUAAACUCUGCAGUUAAAUCCUGCUCUGCAAAAAUGAACCAAAAAGAGUUUGAACAAUAACAGGAAGAAUAAAUGUGACCUCUGACUCUGGGAUAUUUCCUGUUUGUUUUUAUCCCACCGACCAGCUGACAAUUGACAUCCUGCCGUUUUAUAAAGCCCUCAAACAUC